AUGACGUCCUCUGUCCUAAAACACCAUCCAGCUGACGAUCGAUCCAAAGAGUUAAAGACAAGAGACAUCAAUUAUGACCCCCUGCCUACAGAGCACGCCCUCGGAAUACUUUGGGUCGUUGAAACAGACACAUUUGGCUUCUCAGUGUUGUUGCCAGACAAACCGCUGACAAGAAGAGGCAUUCUCUCCAUAGUAUCAUCCAUCUAUGACCCCCUAGGUUUUGCUGCUCCAUUUGUGCUGCCGGCAAAGCAAAUACUGCAAGACCUCUGCAAAGAAACCAGUCUCACCUGGGAUGACGAAGUGCCUGAUGAUCACCAGCGACGUUUCAAACAAUGGAUUAGCGAAGCCCCGAACCUUCAGAAGAUAACAAUCCCGAGAUGUCUAAAGUUACCACAGCAAGCAAAAGAUAUGGCGUUUCAGAUGCACGUUUUCUCAGAUGCCAGUGCAUCUGGGUAUGGCGCUGUUGCAUACCUAACCUCAAACGAGGGUGGAUGUUCGAAAACUUCAUUUCUCAUCGGAAAAGCAAGGGUUGCUCCAUUGAAAGCAACAUCUAUCCCACGGCUUGAACUCACAGCGGCUGCUGUAGCUGUGAAUUUAGGACAGAAAAUGACCCUUGAGCUUGAUCUCUAUCUCAACGAUAUCUGCUAUUACACAGAUUCAACAACAGUCCUUUAUUACAUCAGAGCUGAGAGAAAGCGUUUUCCAGUGUUUGUGGCCAACAGAGUCCGUCAAAUAAGAGACUUCAGCAACGCUAACCAGUGGAAGUACGUUAGCACUGAUUUGAACCCAGCAGACGUUGCAUCACGUGGGGUAGGUUCUGUGAUAUCGUCAGACAUGACUCAUUGGCUGGAAGGUCCGGAUUUCUUGAAUAUGCCGGCUUCAGAAUGCCCUGCAAAGAUGCACCCCAUAAGUGAACUGCAGGUUAUAGAAGAAGACUUUGUCUUUAGCUACUACUGCUACAUCAGAAGAAGGCUCACCGUUUAUGUCUUUAAUCACCCAUUUCUCCAGGUGGGAGAGACUGAAGAGAGCAGUAGCAGUAUUCAUAGCAUUUUUGGCUUUCUUACAAAACAAAGAACAAACUAUAAAUUUAAGGACCACACAGAUCAUGCAAAAGGCUGA